GAUUCCAAACACAUUCAACGCCGGUCUUGCUAGCACAUUCUGAACGCGCAGAAUUGGCUACAGAAGAAUACAUAUCUUUAUCCCAUGUUCUUGAAGGUUUCGUCUUGCUUCGGAAGAAUCCAGGCUUUAUGGAAGAAGACAAAGAUUAA